AUGGACAUGGAAUACAUGGACGCCACGCUCCAGGUGAAUGCCUUCGGCAUGACUGCAGGCUGCACCUUCUGCCUCGACAACCUGCCCAACCAGCUCGCGGUGCUGGGGCACUUUCGUGCCAUCUUAGAGAUGUGCCACAACCAGUGCGAGGGCGAUCCAGAUCAGUAUGACCGCCUGCAAUUAGCUGCGACCCUCGUGGCAACCUCAUUCCCUUUUGCUAGGCUCUAUGCCCUUCAUCAGCCCCAUUAA